AUGAGCUCCGCUGAGGGGACGCUAGCACUCGAGGAACCUCUCAAGGCCAACGACAGCGGAGCCAAUGCCUCCCCCGUUGCGACAAAGAGCUCCCCGAAUGACUUUCUCAAGGGUGUCAUUGGCAAGCCUGUCGUAGUGCGACUGAACUCUGGAGUAGACUACAAAGGGACAUUAUCAUGCCUCGAUGGCUACAUGAACAUCGCGCUCGAAGAGACGACGGAGUGGGUAAAUGGUCAGAUGAAGUCGUCAUACGGGGAUGCGUUCAUCCGAGGAAACAACGUACUUUACAUCACCGCAGCUUGA